AUGGAAACAACAAUUCAUUAUCAACAAUUCAUCGAGAUUCUUGAGAAUUAUCAAAGACAAUCAUUUGAACCGAUGAUGGACAAUUCGAUGGACUCGAUCACUGAUUUGAGUUGCUAUUCUUAUGAGAGGAGAAUAGAAGGUCAGAGCUGGGAGAAUCAGGCUUUAGCCUGGGAGAAGGUCUCGAAGGAAUGCCACUCGUGCGCGGUUUGCGGUGACUCAGCCGCCUAUGCGCACUACGGAGUUCUCACGUGUGAGGGGUGCAAGGGAUUUUUCAAACGAACCGUUCAAAAAGGUCGAAGCGAUUUCGUUUGUCUGAAAACGGGCACAUGCGAGAUCACUCCAAAUAAUCGCUCGUGGUGCCGACUUUGUCGAUGGAAGCGGUGUUUGAUCGUUGGGAUGGUUCCGAAUGCCGUUCGAAGCGGUCACCUAGCCGGUCGACGCGGAAAAUUGCCGAAAAGAAAGCAUAUUGCUGAUUUGUAUUUUCUCAAUGAUAAACAU